GGUCACCAAAGGACACCAGUGCCCCUAAUGCUUUCCUGCUAGGUGCCUCAAGGCAGUUCCCCCAGAACGUCCCCUGCCCCAUUUCUCACGAGGCAGGCAUUCCCCUUCUCAGCCCCAAGGAGACACAAGCCUCGAAUGAGGGUGCAGUGGACACUCCUCCCUGACCGCUCCGCCUGUUUCCUGAAAGUUUUAAUUUCCCCUUAUUGUCUGUCACUCGCACAAGAGGCUGUUCCAAGGGCCGUUUUCAAACUUUGUCCUCACCCUUAAACCCAGUUUUCAGCUGUCCUAUGAUGCUCCCCGAGGCUAUUUUUCUGGCCCUAUCACAGCUCCCAGCCCCCUCGCCAGGCGGGAAGGUGACAACCGCGAAAAGGAGGCCGAUCUCCUCUGUGGGGGCUUCGGGUGACAUCACAUCCUCCAGUGCGAAGUCAGGCUCUGAGGCCGGUCGAAGGGCAAACUUCCCCGUCCUCGCCCCGCGGUUCCUGAGCGCCGCAGUCCACCGCGCAGGGAUCGCGCCAUGGCCUCGCAGGGGACCUCGUGGCUGCUGCCGCUGGCGCUGCUGCUCGGCGCCGCCGUCGCCCUUGGGUCCAUCCAGUUCCGAAUGCUGCCGCCGAGGGUGGACGCGGAAAUCGGCCGGCGGCUGGACCUGCGCUGCGAGGUGAUGACGGCCAGCGGGGCCCAGAGCUGCUCGUGGCUCUACCAGCCGCCGGGCGUGGUCGUCAGGCCCACCUUCCUCAUGUACAUCUCCACCCACCGGACCAAGCUGGCCGAGAAACUGGACCCGCAACAGUUCACGGGCACGAAAUCCAGAGACAGCUACACCCUCACCCUGAACAGCUUCCGCGAGGAGGACCAAGGAUACUACUUCUGCACGGUGGUGGUCAAUUCGGAGAUAUCCUUCAGUCCCUUGGUGCCGGUCUUCCUGCCAGUGGAGCCCUCCCCGACGCCCGCGCCGCGACUACCCACCCCGGCGCCCCCCACCACGCUGCUGCCCAAGUCCGUGCGCCCCGAGAUUUGCCGGCCCGCGACGGGUGGUGCAGCGGACACCAGGUGGCUGGACUUCGCCUGUGACAUCUACAUCUGGGCGCCCUUGGCUGGGACCUGCGCGGUCCUUCUGUUGUCACUGGUCAUCACCGUCAUCUGUCACCACCGGAAACGAAGGCGUGUUUGCAAAUGCCCCAGACCCGUCAUCAGAGCAGGAGGCAAGCCGGGCCUUUCAGAGAGAUCCGUCUGACAUGGCACUGGGCCACACAACAGCCACUACAGACUCCAACCUGAGACUGCGCCCGCUAGACCACACGGCCUCUUCUUCUGGCCCCCUGGUCUUCCUUCCUGUGUGUGUUCUCAUUUCGGUAGUGGGCAGGGUGGGAAGGGUCCUGGGUCCUGUAUGUAUUCACUUGGCUUCACACAAAGCUUUGUCUCCGGAA